GGCAAUGAGAGCCUUGGGUUUUGAUGUGAAAAAAGCUGAUGUACUGAAAAUACUUAAAGAUUACGAUCGGGAAUCGACAGGCAAGAUCACCUUUGAAGAUUUUAAUGAAGUUGUGACAGACUGGAUAUUGGACAGAGACCCACAAGAAGAAAUACUCAAGGCAUUCAAAUUGUUUGAUGAUGACGACUCUGGUAAAAUCAGUCUGAGAAACCUGCGCCGAGUUGCCAGAGAACUGGGUGAAAAUAUGUCUGAUGAGGAACUGCGGGCUAUGAUUGAAGAAUUUGAUAAGGAUGGAGAUGGAGAAAUCAAUCAAGAAGAGUUCAUUGCUAUUAUGACUGGAGAUAUUUAGCAUCAGAAGAAAAGACAUGAACUCAGCAGAAAAGGAAGGAAUCAUUGGCAGUUGCCAUUACGAUGUCUUUUUACUUUCAUUCACUUCUGUAGCUGGAGUGAUGCAGAAAAUAACUUUCAUCACAGGACCAAAAUAAAGAGAGGUUAUAUGCACUGAUAGUUCAGUAUUUUGGGUCAUUAAAUAUUAUCACUAGAAUAAUUGAUAAUGUCAUUUUAGAACAAGCAAGUAACGCGUUUCAGAAUGUCCGAGUACUCGUUUGUAAAAUAGCUUUCUAUAGGAUUUCUAAAUUGUAUCAUAUUAUAAGAAACUUUUGAGGUUGACCUUGUGUUAGCAUUAGCUGUGGCCUUAGUUUUGAUACAUAAGGUUUCCAUUUUAAUAAAAUUUCCUUUACUA